AUGAAUUCGAAUCUAAUAUUAUUUCUAACUUUUUUCGAUAUUUUUCUUUCAACCUAUGCAAAUGAUCAAUUCCAUUUCGGUGUUAUUAAUCAUCGUACUAAAUGGUAUUUUCAUUGUCCAAACAAUAUUACAAGAAUAUCCGAUGCUCCAUCAAAUGAUCAACCAUUAAUAUCAUAUGAAUGUCCACUUCCAUCAUACACAAUCGAAAUCUUACCAAUUGAAAUUGAUUUCACAUUUUUCUGUCGUUUACGAUCACGUUUAAUAUGGCUUAUAAUUGAUCUCUAUCAAUAUAAUAUAUUAUUCUCAUUAAUUAAUAGCAAUGAUAUUGAAAUAAUAAUUCAUUUAAAUAAUAAAAUACAAAUAAAUACAUCAAAAAGUGAAUUAAAUCAUUUUACAAAUCAUUCUAUUCUAAUCAAUGCAUUUUAUAUUCCAUUUGAAAAUAUUGAUCAUACAUUAUUAAAUCAACAAAUUGAAAUAAAUGUCGAAAUAAAAAAUGUCAAUCAAACAAAUCAAUGUGAAUUUACUCUUAAAGAUAAUUCAUUAUGGAAAACAUUUAUUGACGAGAAAAAUUGUGAUUCAAUUCGAUCCAAUACACUUUUUAUUCAAGAUGCUAAAUGUCAUUUUUAUACAACAUCAAAAUCUAUUGAUACAAAUAUUGAUGAUCUUAACUUAGAAUUAUCGAUUGAUCAAACAGAUCCAACAACAGAAAAUUAUAGUUUAACAAAUUAUACAAAUGUUACAUUACCAACAAAUUUUAUACCUUAUCAUCAUUAUCUAUCAUUUGACGAAACUUAUCGACAAAUAUUUGCAUCAAUACCUCGACCACAAACAAAUGUAAUUUUAUUAAAAUUAACAUUUAUAUUUCUAGUAAUUAUUCUCAUUAUAUUAAUUCUAUUUUUUGUUUAUAUGCUUUAUUAUCACUAUCGUCUUCAAAUGCGAUCAUCACCUUUAAUUGCUAAAUCUUUAGUAGAAAUUUAA